AUGAAAGUGCUCAGAAAUACUAACAGAUCCAUCUUAAAACCGAUUAAAUGUGAGAGUUUUUCAGUAAAGAAAGUAUGCAGCUUUGGCUACGGACAGUUUCGUGUACAGGAUAAUGGUCAAGCUGGAUUUUUGUUAACUUUCCCUUUAAUUGAGGAAAAAUGGCUUGUACGGGAAGAAUGCAAGCCCACAUUCUCCUAUGCUUCUGGACCAUUUAUGACAAUGACAAAUUUGCUGUGGGGAAGCACAGAAGUUACAGUUAAGGGGUUAAGUGACUUGGCUCAAAACAAGUGCUUGUCUGAUCUUCUAAUAGCGGAAGAGGAGAAGAUGAGUUACCUACGACAUCCUCUUAUUCUGCAGCUGUUGGCACUGUCUACAUCGACUUCUCUGGAGAGGAAACAACUGGUGUUUGAGCGGGUCACAUUUGGCUCCUUUUACAGCAUUUUACAUGACAGGCGCUCAGAAUAUCCAAUAUUGCACUUGGGAACGAUAGUUCACAUACUUCUUCAGGUGAUUGAGGCUCUUGUGUUUCUUCACUGGCGUGGGUUCAUCCAUCGCUCUUUUUCUUCACAUGCCAUUCAGAUUGUAGCAGCGGGCAGAGCCAAAAUAAGUAACUUUGAAUACAUGAUAGAAAGCAAAGAUGGCAAGAAGUGUGAUGGCAUCAUUCAUUUCCCAGUACCCAAGCAGCUGUACUGCUGGUCAUCUCCUGAGGUAGUUGCAGGAAAAGCUGGUUCCAUAAAGUCUGAUCUCUACAGUUUUUGUGCAGUGAUGCAGGAGUGUUUAACAGAUGCUCUGCCAUGGAAUGGGUUAGAUGGUGAAGUAAUUAAGGAUUCCAUGGCUUCAGGACAUUUCUUGGCUGUGGAUCCCACUCUUUCUGAACCAUAUUAUUCUAUAGUCAGGACUGGAAUUCAGGCUAGUCCCAAGGAACGGACAACACCUCUGCAGGAUAUUGGAUAUUUACUGAAGAAUGAUUUCAAGCACUUCCUGGACAAAGUUCCAUGUACACAACAUGCUCUUAUGAUUGUAGAGGCAGAUAUGAAAAUGCAACGUUCAGAGCAGGAAAUCCCACCGGACAAUUUUGAGGAAGUUACAGAUUUGUUUUAUAAAAGAACUAAUAUUUCCAGUGUUUCAUCCACCACGGAGUCACAGUCUGAAACCCUGUGUGACAUGGUAGUGCAGUCUGACGAAAUGAAUACCCACCUACCCUCACUAGAGGAGAAAGGUCAAAACAGAGCUGGGGGUUUCGAUCAAGAGAAUGUGGGAAGCCCGUCCAUUUCAUUAUCCUUAAUGAGUGAUUAUGAGACGGUUACCAGUUCCGAUUCGGAGGAAGGCGAUAUCGACUGCAGGAGCUUAGGAACAAAUGAAAACUGGCAAACUGAACUACAGGCGCUAGAUAAUAGAUUCAGUGCAAUCCAGAUACAUCACAGAUCCACUCUUGACAAUCUUCUGAACAUUCAGACGUUUCUCCAAGACCAUAACACUGUACUAGAUGCCGAAGAAAAACGAAAACAAUCCGAAAAUGUCUGCCUGAAAGAAAAUGCAUAUCCUGACAAUGGUACAGAUGAGGCUGAUCACGCGCUUCCUCUUUACAAGAGCAAAUCGUAUGCUGGAUGGUCUGCUAAAGGCCCUCCACCUCACUAUAUACCUCCUGAUGGUGCGGCAUCCUCCAGAACUGACCUCACCUCAGAUACGAGGAGAAUACAGAGCGGGAGUGUUGUGGACACAGUGAGAAAGGCCUUUAAGAAAGGUGAAUGGUGUGCUGGCCUGGGCCCAUUUAAAGGGAAGACACUUGGUCAGGAUUUCUUGCAGUUAACUAAGAGAAGCUCUAAGAAUAGUCAGGCAGAUGAUAUUAUGACACAUCAGUAUUAUCCAAGUUUCAAUUCUGCUCCACAUUGGCCAGCAAAGAAUUUGGGAAGGAAAAUGGUGGUUUCUUCUAAAGUGAGGGCUGAUAGUCAACACCUACAGAACAAGAAACAGUGUGAACCUAUCUGUGAUUAUGAAGAUGAGCAGAGAAGCAACAAGACCUGUGAGGAUUGUGAAGAAACUAAACUGGAGAAACUGUUUCGACAUUUUGCAGGUAGAAAUUGUCAAUCUGAAGAGAAUGAAGACAGCUCUGAGAUCCCAGGGGGAGUGAAGCCACUCCAGGACUAUUCCAACGACACAGAUUCAAAUCUUAGCACUGAAACCAGUUACUUUACUCCAGAAAAUGAUGUUUCGGUCGAGAAAACAGAACAAGAGGCAUGUUACAGCUGA